GCACAGAUGGGAUGCGGAUAUCCAAAAAGUGGGGGACGUGUGCAUCGGCCGUUGAAAUAUAGCUCGGAAGGAUCCACCGCCGCGCGUGUGUGUAGCCAGUGCAACUUGUGCGUGCGACCCUGUGGUUUGGGAGAGCGGGGUGGAAUCCUAGUCGUAGCUGGACCUCGGCCGAGGUAGCAUAUAUGAGGACUUCCACAUAGUUAAAGAGAUGGAUGCGUGUGGGCAGCGACUUUCGUACUUGUUUCAGUUUUACUGCGACAUUUUGCACCGGUUGAGUUUACUAGGGACGAUUGGCUGCCUUAACCGUCACGCCACCAACAACCUACAUAUUCUCUACAGCCAGCUGAACAUCGCCAAGACAAGUGGAUUUUGUCACGACUCUGACACUUUCCUCUCUCGAGAUUUGGAAGCUGUGUUGCUACUGUUGCUACUUCGCGAACUGGGAUACUGCACUGCGCAACCGGGAGCAACAGAGUUGGAGCACUUGUACGCGGGACACGAUAUCCUCGCCAUGAGCAGCACCAUGCUACCAGAUGACUUCCGGCUUUUCAGCCCGGUGGGCAUUGCGUUCUCGUUUGGAGCGUUUCUAUCAAUCGUAGCACUCUACUCGAUCUACACAUGCAUCUACAACCUCUACUUACACCCCCUCGCCCACAUCCCCGGCCCCUUCUGGGCUCGCGCGACACCAUUCCCUUACAUCCUCGGCAUUAGAUACGGCAACAUGGUUCCCUGGAUUCGCGACAUCCAUCAAAAGUAUGGUGACGUGGUGCGCGUCAAGCCCAACGAAUGCUCCUUCAUAUCUGGGGACACAGCGUGGCAAGACAUCUACGGCUUCCGCACUGGCAGAAACAAGGGCGGCGAGACUUAUCAGAAGGAUCUCAAUUGGUACCCACCAGCGGUUGAGGGAAAACGGAGUAUGCUUAGUGCAGACGAUGCGAAUCACUCCCGAAUGCGGAAGAAUUUGAGUCAUGCGUUUUCGGAUAGGGCACUUAGGGACCAGGAACCCAUUGUGCAGGAUCUUAUCGACCUCCUAAUCCAGCGCCUCGACGAGCGCAUCGACCAAGGCCAAUCCACAGACUUGACCAUCUGGUACAACUACACGACCUUCGACAUCAUCGCCGACCUCACCUUCGGCGAGCCCCUUCACUGCCUCCGCGACCGCACCUACCAUCCCUGGGUCAAGUUCGUCCUCCACAUCCUCAAAGCGCAGGGCAUCAUCGCGCUCCGCAAGCAAUACACCCUCGUCGCAGCCUAUGAUCGCCUGGCUUCCCUCUUCGUCGACAACUCGGCUGCGCUCCGGGCGCGCCUGGUGUUCAUCAAGAGCCUGGCGGACAAGGUCGAGCAGCGGUUAGAGAUGCAGACAAGUCGUGAAGAUUUCUUUUCCGCGGUGAUUAAGAACCAGGGCGUAGGCGAGAAGGCGCUGACGAGGGUGGAGAUGGUGAUAAAUUCUCAAACUAUCGUGGGGGCGGGGAGUGAGACGACGGCUACGCUGCUGUCGGGUGUGACGUUCUUAAUGCUCAAGAAUCCCUCCGUGUAUGCCAAGCUAAAGGACGAGAUCCGAGGAAGGUUUAUGUCCAGUGAGGAGAUUACCUUUGCCGCCGUGGAAAAGCUGGAAUACACGAUCGCGGUGCUGCAAGAAGCACUGCGGUUUUAUCCCCCCGUGCCAACAGGAUUCCCGCGCGUCGCGCCGAGGGGCGGGGGUACGGUGUCGGGACACUACAUGCCUGAGGGCACGGUGGUGUAUGUGAGCCAGCAUGCGACGAACCAUAGUCCGCGCAACUUUGUGGAGCCGGAUGCGUAUGUGCCUGAGCGCUGGUUGAAGGAUGCGCCGGAGAAGUUCAAAGACGACAACCAUGCCGCCAUGAGCCCGUUCUCUUUUGGUCCGCGAAAUUGCCUGGGCAAGAACCUGGCGUAUGCCGAAAUGCGCGUUAUCCUGGCAAAAAUGGUCUGGCACUUCGAUCUCGAGCUUGAGCCGGGGAUGGAUGACUGGUUGGAGAGGCAUAAGCUGUUUAUGCUGUGGGAGAAGCCGGCGCUUUUGGUCAAGCUGAGGAGGGUGGUGCGGUAGAACGUUAUCGGGCAGUAUGGCAGUGCCGGAAGGGAAGAUCAAUCUAAUGUUUGAUGGCGAAAGAAGUAGACUGAGAUAUGAUCAGUUUUGGGAUGCCGGUGUGGCCAAAACUUGUGGCGAUACAGGCUUGGGCAUUUCUUAGGUGUGUGGGCGCUUUUGACCGUAGAUCUAGAGCCAAAGGAAAGGAAGAAGAAAAG